AUGUUUAUUGUUCUGUUGAUUUCUCUUGCUGUUUCGAGUACCAUUUCUGACAUCAUCGGGCCUGGUUGUGUGAAGUAUCUCAAUGAAACAGUAUGUCUAUCCUGUGGCUCGAACUAUGAUACCAACGAUUUAACGUGUAAUACUUGUGAAACGCUCAAUCCGUUUCUUCCUAUUUCUUCCGACAACAAAUUUUACUCGAAAAAUGCGACAGACUUUUGUGUUGAUAAUUCUCAAGUACACGUCUCUGAAAAUUACUCGAUCAUUCCGGGGUUUGUUGCAAACACCACUUUCAUUUAUGGCACUCCCGUCGUCUUUACUGCCGCAUUCGAACAACUCUAUCACCGACCCUGUAAACAGAAAAUGGUCUAUCGGAGUCCAUACACUUAUGGCAUAUACUUUGAUGUUCCAAUUCAUUCACCAACCGACGACAAAGAGUAUUCGUUCCAAACAAAACUGAAUUGGACGGUUGGAGAGUACCAUUGCACUGUUAUAGAGUUAUCGGACUCGGACCCCACAGUCGCGACGGAUGAAUGUGUAGCCACUGCAGAGACCAUCGACUCGAUUAUGAACUGUAAUUGGAUCGGCAAGAAAACUAAACAUUACCGACUCUUCUUAGCCACAGAGAAGAAGUUUGAAGCAACCAAAUUUGGUGUUGGAGUGUUAAUUAUAACAGAACCGGUCUUCGACCCACUCAUAUUCUUCUAUGCUCGGAACAUCGAGUUACUUAAUCAGACCAAAGGCGAUUUGUACUUGGGCGUCCCGAUGAAAAACGGCGGCAAUUACGAACAUCCGGUCUGCUUACCACAGAAAGUGAUGAAAACCGUCUCGUUCAAAUCGCAACUGAUUGAAGGGGUUAGUCUCCUUGCCAAGUCCAUUGGGAGUAAACUGCGGUAUGUCCAGUCAUAUGAUGAAGUGACUGAAGAAGUGAAUGGCGAAGUUGUGAAAAGGCGUCGAUGUUUACAAUUAUUUGGAGGGAUGAAUGAAGGUGCUCUUGAGAAGCAAGGCAUAGACCAAGGGAUCUCGUUUUUGAUUCAAUACAACAAGUCGAAAGAAGCGGAUGGGAAAUACAACGGUAUGAAUUAUCAAGAAAUCACUUUUUCAUAUUUAACGGAUGACGAAGAAGAAGACGACGUUGUUAAAGUGACUGUUGUGUGUCCCAAUGAUUGUAACAGUGACAUUGGAGCUGGUGUCUGUAGUCAUCGACUUGGUGGGUGUUUGUGUAAAGACAAUAAAUAUGGAAGAGCGUGUAUGGACAUUUGUUAUAAUACCACUACACGCGAGUUCAACGCGAAAUAUGGCGAUCAAAAACUGUUAUGCAGAUAUGGCGAAUCGCAUUGUGACAUUGAUUGUGAGUGUGACGAUGGAUAUCAGGUGGUCAAUAACUCAUGUGUCAAAUUGACUUGUUUGAAUAACAUUGACACUGACAAAUCAUUAGAGUGUUUAAAAGGAAGUGCGCACUGUGAAACGAAUUGUGAGUGUGCAGAAGGAUACAAAUACCGCACUUUUGGUGUUCCAAAUAAAGGAUGUAUUUUAAAGACUUGUGGGAAUGGUUUAGUUGAAGGUGAUGAAAUCUGUGAUGGGGGUGUGAAUUGUUUAGAUAAUUGUUCUUGUUCAUCGUAUGAAAUGAAGAGUAAUGGGUUGAAUGGAUGCAAGAGCACGAAUGAAGUGCCUACAUGGGCUAUUAUCGUUAUAGUGUUAGGUGUCAUUUUUAUCUUUGUUGUUAUCAUCGUCGUUGCCAUCAUUUUAGUGAUGAAAUUGAUUAAAGCAAAGCACAUCGACUUAUCGAUAUUCAGACAACAACAACCAUUCUAUUACUUUGACAUCACACAAUCAACGAGCUUGAAAACAAUCGACUCAACGUCCGCCCUUGUCGACCCAAAUCCAGUUAACAACAAGAUGAAAAUAGUUGUCAGCCAUUCCAAACUGAAUUUCGGGACGGAAGACUCUUUGGUUGAUAUCAAUGAAACGCGAUUUGAGAAGUUUAUGAUCUCAAACAAUUCAUCGUGUUACAUGUUAGUGGUAUUCCAUGCGCCUGAUAUACCCAAGUACGUCUUUCACUUCGAUCCACAAGUCUAUGUCAUCCAUCCCCAUCGUUUAAAAAUUUUUGUGAUAUACAUGACGGUGUUCUGUACAACAAAGAUGUUGGGAUUAAAGAUACACUUCAGUGUGUAUCUUUCCAAAAAGCGUGAGGUGUUGAAGAGCAUUUCAGACUUGUUAUUUGACAAGACGUUCAACGAAUGGGAUGAGCAGUGUAAGAUGGAGAUGGACACAUUGAUGCGUGACGUUCGAAAUAAGUACCACGGUUCUUUAAUUAUAGACACCGACGCUAUUAAUUCAAUCAAUUUGGACUUGGACGAGAUCGAUUUGAUUGAACGUCCCAUUGGUGAAGGUGCGAUGGGUAAAGUGUAUUUGGGUCGAUACCGUGGGACAUAUGUAGCAGUCAAACAGUUCCAUUGGGAGAGUUUAACUAAUGAGGAGACUGAAGAAUUGAAACAAGAUGUUGUUCGAGAAUGCAAUUUACUGAGUAAAUUGCGUAAUCCCUUCAUUGUGAAUUAUGUCGGGUCGAUCACAUACAUUCCACAAGUCUCCAUGGUCACCGUUUUCUUCGAACUUGGGUCUUUAGAAAAUUACAUCCGAAAAGGAAAUGAUUACAACGUCGUCCUUUCCUUCUCUCUGAAGAACAAGAUUUUAUAUGACAUCGCAAGAGGAAUGAAUUUCCUUCACAACAAUUCGAUUUUGCAUUUGGAUUUAAAGCCAGACAAUUUGUUAGUCAAUUCUUUAUAUGCCGACUCCGCCUGUUGCGUGAAGAUCACCGACUUCGGUACUUCCAGAUUUGUUCAGAAAUUGAAUAGAGACAAAGGGUUGGGUACGCCCACUUAUAUUGCUCCAGAAUCGUUCGAAGACAUCUAUGACUGUCCAAAUGAUGUAUAUUCCUUCGCAAUGACAGCUUGGGAGCUUUUCUAUGCUACAGAGCCUUAUGCCGAUUUCAAAUCCCUCUUUGAGAUACAGAACUUCGUGAAGGAUGGCAAGCGAUUACCUUUAGACAAUACAAUCCCUGUCGAAUGGAAGAAUUUGAUAGUGAAGUGUUGGGCUCAAGUCCCCCAUGACAGACCAAAUUUCUCAUCGAUAGUUACUGAAGUCUCGACUUUCGAACACUUGAAAUACCCCGAACUCGACGCGGGUAUUAACUCUGAUAUUAUCGACGACUUGAUUCAGAAGAAGAAGGAACAUCUCCAAGAAAUGUUUGAUUAA